AAUUGGAGAUGUCACUUUCUCACAACCAUGACGUGGCUGCAGGGAGCUGGAGCUCUUCCGGGUUGGAGCUGCAAGAGGGCAGUUGCUGCCCCGCAACCAGCGACAGAAAGAGGAAAGCGAAUAACGGAGAGUCACUGAAGUGUGCGCUGUAGUACAGGCUUGAAAAUCCUCGGCCAAUUUGGUUUACAUUUCCUACGGGAAGAGACAUAAACAAAAUCAGAGGCACGGGGGAGGGGCGGUAAUUGGUACGACGAUGAGUUGGACCCCGUUGUAUUUUUUCUAGCAAUAAAUAAUCAGAGCUUUUUUGGUGUUGUGAAAAGCGAGUUGUUUUUUUUUUAAAUCAGGAACUCUGUGCAGUAGUGGUAGUGGUACUAGAACCGGUAACUGCAGAACAAGACAACGAAUUGCACUUUUUCAUUGAGUAAAAAAAAAAGAAAAAAGAAAUAGGACCACGCUUGUUUGUUGUAUGUAAUUUUAUUGCGUUUUUUAAUUUUUUUAAAAAUUUAUUUCAAAUGUUCAUAUCGAAUCGCUGACUUUAUUUCUUCGACUCGAGUUCUUAUCUCUGUGUCAAACUACGGAAGCGUUUUGCAUCUUUCAUCCUAAACUGCUGAGAUUUCAUUAUAUGUUGUAGAUUUUUACUGUUUUUUUUAAAGUUAUAUUUUUUUUAAAAUAUAUAUAUAUAUUGUUUUUAUUUUGCAAGCUGGCAUUGCACCGGUUAUCAAACUACAGUAUCAAGGAAGGAGAGCGUACAGCCUUUCAGGGCAUUUGAAAGCAGCCUGUGGGAUAAGACUUCAUCUCAUCUAGAAGAGGAAUUGUGACUAGUAAAUCUGAAAGCCCUCACCCAAAUCCGGUCCAUUAAAAAGGAUUAAGACAACUGCACGAGCCUCAAUGCUGACAAGUCGCUUGAACAUGCUGUCUCCUGUCGUUUGAAAGAGACCUGAGCGAUUCUCUGGAGUAUGACUGUAUAAUUGCAAUAUUCUGCAGCAAGCCCUGACUGCUUACCCUGGUCUGGUAGUCUGCAGCCUCUCCUUGCCCUCCUUUGAGGAGCUCCAUCCCUCCCGUGUCCAGUCUGCACGUCCUUCUUGCCUCUCACGCAGUGCCAUGAGAAAGUUUGCCUACUGCAAGGUGGUGCUGGCCACCUCGCUGGUCUGGGUCAUGCUGGACAUGUUCAUCCUGCUCUACUUCAGCGAGUGCAACAAAUGCGAGGAGAAGAAGGAGAGAGGCCUGCCUGGCCGCGAAGUGGUGAUCCAGAAGCCUCAGGAAGGCCCAGGGGAGAUGGGCAAGCCUGUAGUGAUCCCGAAAGAUAACCAGGAGAAAAUGAAGGAGAUGUUUAAAAUCAAUCAGUUCAACCUUGUGGCCAGUGAGAUGAUCGCUCUUAACAGGUCUUUACCUGACGUCAGGUUAGAAGGGUGUAAGAACAAGCUGUACCAGGACGACCUGCCUCGCACAAGCGUGGUGAUCGUGUUUCACAAUGAGGCGUGGAGUACGCUGCUGCGCACGGUGCGGAGCGUCAUUAACCGCUCACCACGCCACCUGCUGGAGGAAGUGGUUCUGGUGGACGACGCCAGCGAGAGGGAUUUCCUGAAGCGGCCCCUGGAGCAGUAUGUGAGGAAGCUGGAGGUGCCGGUGCGGGUGGUGCGGAUGGAGCAGCGGUCAGGGUUGAUCCGGGCCCGGCUCAAGGGGGCUUCCCUCUCCACCGGCCAGGUCAUCACCUUCCUGGACGCUCACUGCGAGUGCACUGUUGGCUGGUUGGAGCCGCUGCUCGCCAGAAUCAAACUGGACAGGAGGACGGUGGUGUGCCCCAUUAUCGAUGUGAUCAGUGAUGACACCUUUGAGUACAUGGCAGGCUCAGACAUGACAUAUGGAGGAUUUAACUGGAAGCUGAAUUUCCGCUGGUAUCCCGUGCCUCAGAGAGAAAUGGACAGAAGGAAAGGAGACCGGACCCUGCCUGUAAGGACCCCUACUAUGGCAGGAGGCCUUUUCUCCAUAGACAGGGACUACUUCCAGGAAAUCGGGACCUACGAUGCAGGCAUGGACAUCUGGGGAGGAGAGAACCUGGAAAUCUCCUUCAGAAUCUGGCAGUGUGGCGGCACCCUGGAGAUUGUGACGUGUUCCCACGUAGGUCACGUGUUCCGGAAAGCCACACCUUACACAUUCCCCGGUGGGACCGGCCAGAUCAUUAACAAGAACAACCGACGCCUGGCAGAGGUGUGGAUGGACGAAUUCAAGAACUUCUUCUACAUCAUCUCCCCAGGUGUCACCAAAGUGGAUUAUGGGGACAUUUCUGCAAGAGCGAUGCUGAGACAGAAACUGCAGUGCAAGCCCUUCUCCUGGUACCUGGAGAACGUGUACCCCGAUUCCCAGAUCCCUCGCCAUUACUUCUCCCUCGGAGAGAUCCGAAAUGUAGAAACUAACCAAUGCCUGGAUAACAUGGCAAGGAAAGAAAAUGAGAAAGUGGGAAUAUUUAACUGCCAUGGAAUGGGAGGGAACCAGGUUUUCUCGUAUACUGCCAAUAAAGAAAUCCGCACAGAUGAUUUGUGUUUGGACGUGUCCAAGCUGAGUGGCCCCGUCAUGAUGCUCAAGUGUCAUCAUCUGAAAGGCAAUCAGCUCUGGGAGUAUGACCCCCUGAAACUGACCCUGUUGCAUGUGAACAGCAACCAGUGCCUGGAGAAAGCCACGGAGGCGGACAGCCAAGUGCCGAGCGUCAAAGACUGCAACGGGAGCCGCUCCCAGCAAUGGCUGCUCCGCAACGUCACGCUCCCAGAGAUUUUCUAAACAUCCCGGGGACAGGAAUAUAAAAAAAAAAAGAAAGAUUUUGAUUGUGCUACCUCGGCAUACCUUUCCGCCACACUCUGAUACAGAAAAUAUCAUCUAACUUAAUAGGGACCACUCCCUGCAACGAGAUUUUAGAGACUAGCGCAAAACAAUAUCAAGACUUGAUGGUUGUGCACUUGCCUUCUUUCGCAAGGAUGUGAAACUCCACAUGUUUAUGUUUAUGUGACAGCCUCGCUGACUGUGUUGCUUAGUCUUUUGUUUUACUUAAAUUUGUUUUUUUUUAAAUGGAAGAGGAAUAAGGUGAAAUGGGCAACAGAGUGUUUCAUAUCAAAGGAUAAUUUUACAGGAUUUACAGUGAAGCUGAUACAUAAUCAAUUGAGUGGCUUCCUGGGAGAGAGCUGUAUAUCAUUGCACCUCCAUCUCGCUGACGGGAAAGCCAGCCGAGUCUUCACAAGCCAUUU